UCCGAGGGCCGGGCCCCGGGCCCUGAGCCCCGCCGGGCCGCCUCGGGGCGGGCAGCGGGUCCCCGCCGCCGCUCGCCGGGCCUGGGCCCGCCCCGCCCGCCGCACCGCGCGGGGCACGCCGGGACGGCCUCCCGCGCCGGUCCUCCAGCUUCCCAGCCUGCCUCGGCCCGCCUGAAUGGGGCAGAGGCAAGAUGGCGGCGAGCGUGAACUCUGCCGGCGGCGGCGGCCUCUCGCUCUUCGAGUGCCCCAGUUGGGCAGGGAAACCACCACCUGGCUUACAUCUGGAUGUAGUCAAAGGAGACAAACUCAUUGAGAAACUCAUCAUUGAUGAGAAGAAAUACUAUCUUUUUGGGAGAAAUCCUGACCUGUGCGAUUUCACCAUUGACCACCAGUCUUGCUCUCGGGUCCAUGCUGCCUUGGUCUAUCACAAACACCUCAAGAGGGUUUUCCUCAUAGAUCUAAACAGCACACAUGGCACAUUCUUGGGUCAUAUCCGUUUGGAACCUCACAAACCCCAACAGAUCCCCAUUGACUCCACGGUUUCAUUUGGUGCCUCUACACGGGCAUAUACUCUGCGCGAGAAGCCUCAGACACUGCCGUCAGCAGUUAAAGGUGAUGAGAAAAUGGGUGGUGAAGAUGAAGAGCUCAAGGGCUUGCUGGGCCUUCCAGAGGAGGAGACAGAACUUGACAACUUGACAGAGUUUAAUACAGCCCACAACAAACGGAUUUCCACACUAACCAUAGAGGAGGGGAAUUUGGAUAUUCAGAGACCAAAGAGAAAACGGAAGAACUCCAGAGUGACAUUCAGUGAUGAUGAUGAAAUCAUCAAUCCAGAGGAUGUGGACCCUUCUGUUGGGCGUUUCAGGAACAUGGUACAGACGGCAGUAGUCCCUGUCAAGAAAAAACGGUUGGAGAAUCCAGGCUCACUGACCACAGAUGAUUCUGCAUCGCGACGUAUGCAAAACUUUCCCUACAGUGGAGGAUUAUAUGGUGGUUUACCUCCAACUCACAAUGAGGCGGGUUCCCAGUCGCAUGGCGUCCAUGGGACGGCGCUCAUUGGUGGUCUGCCAAUGCCCUACCCCAAUCUCGCCCCAGACGUGGACUUGACUCCUGUUGUGCCCUCAACAGUUAACAUGAACCCAGCUCCAAACCCUGCCGUCUUUAAUUCUGAAGCUGUGAAUGAACCCAAGAAGAAGAAAUACGCAAAGGAGGCGUGGCCGGGCAAGAAGCCAACCCCUUCCCUGCUGAUCUGAGUUGGGUUUUGUUGAGAGAGGGUGGGAGUUCUGAACUCCAGAAACUGUUCAUGUGCAGCAUCGUCUUUUUAAAAUUUCAGUGUCCUAACCAGAUGUAAUACCAAGAUUGGAGAGGUGAAACAUCCUUUAAAGAUCUGUCUUCAAAUGUUUUUGUAUGUCUGUUUAAAAGCAAAAAAAAAAAAACAAACCAACUUACAGUUCCCACCUCCUUUGGAACCAAAAUAUAUCUGGAAGCCUUUUCGUAGCCAUUACUGUCCCCGGAGGUCUUUACUCUGAAUUUUGAUCCACAAGUUGAAGGGGCAGAGUCAUAUAAUUUAAUCAUCAUUUAUGUCAUAACCCUGCAAAUUCAUAUAUUUAGAUGUUGUGCUUACUAUGAGUAAUGUUGUUCCUGCUGGGCUUGCUCGUAGCAGGUGAGCUGUAUCGGAAGUAAAUGUUUGUGGGGCCAAGCCUUUCAGAAAUCCCAUUGGUUUGAGUUCUAAAUCUUGCAAAACACAAAUCAGCUUUUAUGUUUUACGUUUUCAAAACCUCACCAGUGUGGGGCAUUAUCUUUGUUUUGUUUUGUUUGGCUACAGCUUGUUUUAAUUUCCACCUAAAACACUACAGAGUCGCACAGUUCAUGAGAACAUGGAGUUGAAAUGGACAAGAAAUAGGUGGGCUUCCGUAGCUGUGGUUCGGUACCGCGCGGUGGAGUGCUGGGUGGGUGGGUGACGGGUGUGUACGUGGGCGGAUCGGAGGUGCUCGUGGCGGCGUACGGCACGGCGAGCCUGGGGGUGACUGGCCCGUGGAUAGGCACUAUCCAUGCUGUACAAUAAACAACAAAGCAGUGUUGACACCCUCCCCUGUGAUAACUUCAGGUGUGGAGUUAACACAGAGAACAGUUGCUUUUAGACUUGGUGGUUAAGUUAAAUAGUUUGAUUUUUAUUUGCAAAUAAAAAUCUUAGAGUAUAUGCGAGAUGCAGCAAGACACACAUAAAACUGAGCAGCAUCAGCAGCAUCAGAGGACUUGCAUGUUUAACGGCUAAAACCACAAUCUCAUACUGUUCUGCCUGCUAGUAACGGUGGGUGAGAGCUGAGUGUUGCUUAAAAUUAGAGUAUGAACUCUCAGUAAAGAAUCUGCCUCACCGCGAUGAAAGCCGUGCAUAAGUUGGUUUCAAAAUAGUACAUUUUUUGACUACUUCAUCAUUUUUUCCCAUUGAAUAAAAUGAGAAGCUUGAUUUGGAUUGUUGCUGUAGCCCUUCAAAUCCUUGGGUUUAGAUGUCAAGAUUUGUUUCAUGUGUAUUCAGACUCUGAGUCUUUAUACAGGGUAAGGCUAGAGCUCUGUUUUUCUUAGGUUUGCUCUGGACUUUUACACCUGUAACACGGUUACAGCUAGGUAGUCACAUUCCUUUGUUGUUUGGAGGAUUUCUCCAGGAAGCAUGCGCUCUGGUGACAGAAUACCCAGCUGUUCGUUGUGGACAGUGCUGUAGCUACCUGGCUAAGUAGUGGUGUGCAAAUCCGAGGGUUGCUGGAGCAGUGCUGUGUUACGCACUAGGCUUGUUUUGGACAGAUGCUCCAAAAUCAGUGUGACUUCUGCAUCUGCAGAGUGAUUGCUUCUAUCAUGUAACUGAGGUAAAAAGGAGCUAGUAGCUACCCCAUUCACAAGAGUGGUGACUUUAGAGACUGGUUUGUUCCCCUCCCCGCACCAUCAUAUCUAUCUCAAACUAUUAUAUGGAUGAAUACAGUACCUUCUCCAUGGUACAGUUGUGCCGCUCUUUGUUUAGUUGCUAUCGAAUAUGAUUCGGUCCUCGGACAUUCUGCUUCCAAACACUCCAUGCUGACUCUUAAAAUCUUUCUCCCUUUAUUUUUAGUUUUGCUUCUUCCUGGUAUGUAGAAUUUUCCAGCCAGUCUGCUUUAUGAAGGCAACUCUUUAGAGUAAGACUAGUUAGGGCAAGUAAAAGUUGAACAGGUUUUCUUCUUCCUUUUUGGGUUGGGAUUUUUUUUGUGGGGGGGAGGGGAGGGCGUGCAGGGAGGGUAUCUUUUGUUUCAGUUUUUGCAAGUGGCUCUUUGCAAGAUUUUUUUCUUGAAAAGGGAAGCUUUACUGCUCAUUGUUUUUUAAAGCUCUUCUCCUCCCUGGGUUUGAACAAGCUCUCAUUAUUUUAGAGCUUAGGAGCCAUAGCUGGCCAGUACGGGAGGGGACAGUGUAACAUCUAGGGGCUUUGUACAGAAGUAUGUACACUUGUGUAAUAUGUAAUAGGCCUUUUCACACUUUCUGUUGAGCUUUUUACCUGUAACCUUUACUAUGUUGUAAAUUAAAUGCAGAUUUUGCCA